UGCGCAUGCGCGGCGCUGCAGCGAUGUUUCCGCGUUGAGUGAAGAGCAGAAGGGAUCGAGAGAGAGAGAGAGAGAGAGAGAGAGAGAGUGGCAGAGAGGAUAGAGGAUAGAGGGAAUUUGCGACGCAGCAGGACGCCGAGUCAGAAUAAACGGACACUCCACAAACGCUAAUAAAAACCAACAUCAACAAAAUCAACGUUCAAAACCGAAGCCUUUAGCCAUGGAGGACACGGCAAACACUUAAAAUGUGAGGUUUAAAGAGACAUGCUGCAGAAACGAGCGAGAGCGGCUUUCCCCAUCAGCAUCCACGGCUGAUCUCGACUCGGGUGCUCCCGUCCCCCUCCGUCACUCGCACUGGGGGGAAAAUGAAGAAGUUUAAUAUCCGUAAGGUGCUGGACGGCUUGACGGCCGUGUCGUCCCCUUCUCCAUCCUCGCAACUCGGGGCCAAGGAGAACGAGCUCAUCCCGGAGACACUCCAGUCUGAACACUUCCAGCUCUGCAAGACUGUGCGCCAUGGCUUCCCCUUUCAGCCCUCCUCUAUGGCAUUCGACCCCGUCCAGAAAAUCCUUGCCGUCGGGACUCAGAGUGGAGCUUUACGAUUAUUCGGCCGACCUGGUGUGGAGUGUUACUGUCAGCACGAGAGCGGAGCAGCUGUCAUCCAGCUACAGUUUCUCAUAAAUGAAGGGGCGCUGGUUAGUGCUUUGUCUGAUGACAGUAUUCACCUGUGGAACCUGCGACAGAAGAGACCAGCUGUGCUGCACUCACUCAAGUUCAACAAGGAGAGGAUAACGUUCUGCCAUCUGCCCUUCCAAAGUAAAUGGCUGUACAUCGGCACGGAAAGAGGAAACAUCCACCUUGUAAAUGUGGAGUCCUUUACCCUCUCAGGAUAUACCAUCAUGUGGAACAAAGCCAUUGAACUGUCCUCCAAGGCCCACCCCGGCCCAGUCGUUCACAUUAGUGACAAUCCUAUGGAUGAGGGCAAGCUCAUAAUAGGAUUUGAGUCUGGGAUCGUAGUGAUGUGGGAUUUGAAAUCAAAGAGAGCUGACUACCGGUACACUUACGAUGAGGCGAUCCAUUCUGUGGCCUGGCACCACGAGGGGAAGCAGUUUAUCUGUAGUCACUCAGACGGCACACUGACCAUAUGGAAUAUAAAGUCCCCAGCCAAGCCCGUACAGACAAUCACGCCACAUGGAAAGCAGCCUAAAGAUGGAAAAAAGCCAGAGCCUUGCAAACCCAUUCUUAAAGUAGAGUACAAGACCACGAGAGCAGGGGAUCCAUUUAUGAUCUUCUCUGGUGGUUUGUCGUAUGACACUGUUGGUCGACGGCCAUGCUUGACAGUAAUGCAUGGAAAGAGCACGGCAGUAUUGGAGAUGGAUUAUUCCAUUGUAGAUUUCCUCACCCUGUGUGAAACGCCAUAUCCUAAUGAUUUUCAGGAACCGUAUGCUGUAGUGGUCCUCCUCGAAAAGGAUUUAGUUGUUAUUGACCUUGCACAAAACGGUUACCCUAUCUUUGAAAAUCCUUAUCCCAUGAUGAUUCAUGAGUCUCCUGUGACGUGUUGUGAGUACUUAGCCGAUUGUCCUGUGGACCUCAUACCUGCACUUUACUCUGUCGGGUCUCGCCAGAAACGACAGGGCUACAGCAAAAAGGAAUGGCCUAUCAGUGGCGGAAACUGGGGCCUGGGCACACAAAGCUACCCUGAAAUAAUAAUAACUGGGCAUGCAGAUGGUUCAGUGAAGUUCUGGGAUGCAUCAGCAAUAAUGCUCCAGGUGCUGUACAAGCUGAAGACAGCUAAGGUGUUUGAGAAGGCGCGCUGUAAGGAGGAGAAACCCAGCACAGAGAUUGUGGAUGAGGACCCGUUUGCCAUUCAGUUGAUGUCUUGGUGUCCCGAGAGCCGCAUGCUUUGUGUGGCUGGUGUCUCUGCCCAUGUCAUCAUAUACAGGUUCAGCAAACAGGAAAUCACCACAGAAGUUGUGCAGUUACUGGAGGUCAGGUUACAGUAUGAGCUGAAUGAUCUGGAGUCUCCAGAAGGGGGAGGAGAUCAGACACCAGCUCCUCCCACGCCAAGCACCUCCCCUAGUCCACAAACCGCCGCUCCUCAGACAUACACCUCCACUAGCAGCAACUCAUCAGAUGGGAUCCGAGACAACAUACCCUGCCUCAAGGUGCGCAGCAGUCCUCUGAAGCAGUCUCCAGGGUAUCAGGUGGAGCUGGUGGUACAGCUGGUGUGGGUCAGUGGAGAGCCGCCCCAGCAGAUCAGCAGCUUGGCCAUCAACUCCUGCUAUGGCUUGGUGGUGUUUGGCAAUAGCAAUGGUCUGGCAGUAGUGGAUUACUUACAGAAGACUGUUCUGUUGAAUCUGGGAACUGUGGAAUUGUACAGCUCUAAUGACCCAUAUCAGAGACAACUGCGAUCUCCCCGCAAGAGCCGACAGCCUUCUGGAGGGCUUUGUGACAUUAGCGAGGGCUCUGCCACCUCAGAGGAUCGCUGCAAAUCCCCCACCUCAGCAAAGAUGUCACGGAAAUUAAGCUUGCCUACUGAGCUAAAGCCAGACUUGGUCCUACUCUCUGUAUGUCCCCCGCGGGGUUCCAUACCCCUAGACAACAGGGACAACUCCUUCAGCCGCUCACGGAGCUCCAGUGUGACCAGUAUUGACAAGGAAGCACGAGAGGCCGUCACAUCUUUCCAUUUCUGUGAGACGUACAACCGCAAAGCAGAUGGCGGACUUACACCUAGUCUGUGGGUUGGCACGUCCUUGGGCACAGUCUUGGCAAUCUCUCUCAACAUGCCCCCUGCUGGAGAGCAGAGGCUUCUGCAACCAGUCAUGGUCUCUCCUUGUGGUACUCUUGUCAGGUUGAAGGGUAGCAUCCUCCGGAUGGCUUUCCUAGAUUCUACAGGGUCUCUCCUCCCUUCUGCUUUUGAGCCAUGGUACGAACCCAACGCCCCGGCCAACGGAGAGGAGCGGGACAAGGCCCGUAAGAGACGGCCGGUGUCUGUGUCCCCAUCCACAUCCCAGGAACUGAAUGAAAACCAGUAUGCUGUGGUGUGCUCUGAGAAACAGGCCAAAGUCAUAUCCCUGCCCUCUCAGACCUGUGUAUUUAAACACAACAUCACCGAAACAUCUUUUGUGCUGCAGGCAGAUGUGGUACAGAUGAACACUGGCAUUUGUGUGGCCUGCUUCUGUGCCAAUGGACACAUCAUGACCCUCAGUCUGCCAGGGUUGAGACCACUGCUGGAUGUAAAUUACCUACCCCUGACAGAUAUGCGGAUAGCGAGAACGUUCUGCUUCACCAAUCUCGGCCAGGCCUUGUACCUGACCUCCCCUACUGAGAUCCAGAGGAUCACCUACAGCCAGGAGGUCUGCGAGAACUUACAGGAGAUGCUAGGUGAGCUGUUUACUCCAGUGGAGACGCCUGAAGCUCCUAACAGAGGAUUCUUUAAGGGUCUUUUUGGAGGAGGAGCACAGUCUCUAGACAGAGAAGAGCUCUUCGGCGAGUCAGGAGCUGGAAAAGCACCACGCAGUCUCGCUCAGCACAUUCCAGGUCCUGGGGGGAUAGAAGGCAUGAAGGGGGCAGCGUCAGGCAUCGUGGGUGAUCUAGCUCGAGCUCGGAUAGCGUUGGAUGAGAGAGGGCAAAAACUGAGUGAGGUGGAAGAGCGGACGGCAGCCAUGAUGGCCAGCGCUGACUCAUUCUCCAGACACGCUCAUGAGAAGAUGCUAAAGUGUAAGGAUAAAAAAUGGUACCAGUUCUGAUCUCCGCAAAAAAGCAGAGCCCAAAGGGACUCAGGAGUUCUCCUACACAGCCUUGUUCAUCUGUAAUCCUUCUCCUUCUCCCACUCCUGUCUUUAUCUCUCCUCUGCUGGACCAAUGGGAUCCCUCGCUCUUUCCUAGCACAAUGUUAAAUACAGUCUGCUUACAGAACUGCAGCACAGACUGAGAGCAGCCCCAAUCUGAGGAAUACCAUACCAUGAUGGCGUCCACUCUUCGGUUUUUGUUUGUUUGUUUAAUAGCGCCAAUCCUCUCUCAUGAUGGCUGGGCUUUGCACGCCCUGAAAUUCCAUUUCUUCGCUCAGUCUUUGAAUUGUUUUCGUGCUGUUGUUUUUUGCAAUCAUGUCCUGCCUCCCGCAUCAGAGAGCAGUAAAUAGUCAAAAAAGACUGACUAAACAAAAAAUACAAUAACUAAACAACAAACAUCAUAAAAAUCUAAAAAAAGAGUAUAUAUACAUAAUUCUAUGUAAAUCUCCAUUAAAGUCUGUAAAAAUGCCUUAUUCACUAUUGACUGUCAUAAGGAAAACUGAAAUACGAAGACACCAGGUGAAGCACGGGAAGAGCUCUGUUCACAGGAAAUGAUGUCGUAACGUGGAGGAGUCAAACCUUUCAGAAGAGAGAACAUCGCCCUUCUCCUGAAAUGUAUUCAGUGUAUUUCUGUCAAUUUUCCUAAAUUACCCAUUUGGUUUAAUUACCAUUUUAAUAUUAUUUAUUUAUUUAGCAACAAACUAGAAAUAAUCUGUAAAAUCAACUGUAAAUGUCUAAUUAAAUAUAAAAUGCUUUUUGGGUGAUAUUUUUACGGAAUUAUUGUGAAUAUCACUACAAUAAUGCUUUACAUUAAAGUACCAUCUAGAGGGUUUAUAAUAAGUUGACAUGAUCCAGAGAAUGAAUCGACAGAUCUAUGUGGUGAAUGAAUUAUGAAAUAACUAUUUAUAAACCAACUGUGAGUGAUUUAAUGAUGGUAUUUUCAUGUGAUACAUUAUACAGAUGUUUUAAACUUUCUAUGAAACUCCGUGCUGAAAAUAUCUGGUCUGGACUGAGUUGUGAAAGAAAGUAGGCAAAUGCAAGGUUUAAAGUUAUCCAUGUUUUGUUGGGUAGACAGCCAUAUAGACCUCAACAGCUAGAGCAUUUGUUGUGACUGAAAAUUACAUCACAGUCUCUUCGGCGUUGACUCUGGGAUUUGAUUUUGCCCAAUAGACCAGCUUUCUCAUUCCUGCAUACUGCAUAGAUUAAACCACUUGAACAUAGACGCUUUAGUUGAACAUGUAGAGAUUGUACUUAAGUAAAUAUUUUGGUCCACAUUUCAUUUGUUAAAUAAAAAGCACUUACUGUACUGUUGGAAACAGCUCUUUUCAUGCCUGGAAAUUUGGACCGGUUUUCCAGCUCUAAUCUUUGGUGACUUGAGAACGCUUUCACUGACUUGGAAACAAUAUUCAUUGUAGUUCUGAAUGUCAGUAUAACAUGUUUCUAUCUGGUUUCACACUGGUGCUUCAUGUGUAAUGCAAUGGCACAGAACAUACUUCAAUUACAUCUUCAUCUGUGAAAACACCUACAAUGAGUGUUACAAAACCAGAUAACUAUAGAAUUUAGUAACAUUAAAUACAAAAAAAAAAAACUUACAGAAAAGGUCUUUCUUGUCCCAUUUCUCCCUUGAAACCACAUUUUAGUGCCAUUAUAUUUAUUUGCAAGAUGGUUUGCAAGAAAUGCUGCUAUAUAUGUUGCAUUGAUCACAUGAUCCAUUGUCGUUCCAGGUACUGAUUCUCACUUGCCUCUCUGCCCAAAGUUUUGUGCCAUUCUAUGAAUGAAGAAGUAGUUCGACAAUCUGGGAGCAUAAAUUGCAAGUGGUCCUGGCCAUACUGACCCUAAGACAGUUGCCAUAUCUUUUCAAACGCCAAAGAUUUUCUUUCAUUGAGUUCUGUAUUCCAUUGACUGUUCGACUGCUGUUUGUGUCUGAAGUACCACCUCAUAUUCCACCAGUAACAGUGUUGAGGACUUUUCUGAUGUUUUUGGCUGUGUGCUAGUCUGCCUUUCGUGUGUUUCGUAUGCCGUACUUCAAACGAAGUAAAAUGGGGGGAAAAAGAAUUACAAAACAAAACCAAGCCAAUCUCUCUCAGACUAAAUGUUUCUCUGUGUUGGACUCUAUAUUCUCUGUAGAUGUGUUUUCAUGCCAUGGUGUUAGUGUUUCCGAAGAACGGGUUUGUUUUUCAAUAUCUCGCUCGUAUGUCAUCUCUCCUGAUUAACUAAUUCAAUUAUAUUUGUACGAUGUGUAUUUUUCUCUGCAGUACUGUAUUUCCCUGGAUAGAUAUCCUUGUCAUAUUUUUAAUCGUCUAUUAUUAAAAAAAUUAUUUUUAUAUAUGCUUUGAGGAGGACGUACUUUGAGCUCAUUGCACUCUGUUACUUGUCUUCAUGUCUUUGUUUUCUGUUGUGGUCUGUUUGUUCAUGCCAUCAUUGACACAAUGGGUGAUUUUUGAAUGAAACAUGAGUAAGCGUUUCCUCUAAAUUCUUGCAUAAAAGUAUGGUUCAUUAAAAGAAAUGCCAUACAUUUGAUUAUGUGUGUUCGAAAAUACAUUUUUGGCCCCAACGUGGUUGAUACAAUUCAAAACCAAAAAUUAUUUUUCAAGAUGUUGGCUCAUGUACUCACGAGAUGAUUCCAGGAAAUAUUUGAUGUUCUAGGUUGCUAUUUUGUCAGUCAUUCGAUAAAGUAUCCAAUCAGCCGUGUUGAACUGUAAUGCUGUAAAUGUCAAUAAUAAGUGUUCAAACUCCAGCAGAAUUUGUUCACACCUUCAGUUCAUUCAUGUCUGUUUCAGAGAGGUUUCAGACUGACUCUUAAUGUGAGCCCUUUGUCAUCUUUAAUGGCUAAGGAGGAAAAAAAAAAGGUUCUUGUUGCUUUCUUGGCUUUAAUUUUAUUUAUUCAUUUUGUAAUGUUUCAUGUUGACUUUAAGUGAAUUGUUUUAUUUGUCUCAGACAGAACAUUCUUACCUGAAAUAUUACACUUUUAACAUGCAGAAGAGCCUCGUUCGUUUUCUGUCCUGAAUAUAAUGGUUAUCAGUGGGUUGCAGUAUUUUCUCAUUGUAGCCAAUUUCUUGUACAGUUUUAUGCAAAUUUCACAUGGAUGUUUAUGACUAUCUGCUGCCACAAACAAUUUAGAAUUUCUGUAGAUAGAUUACUGUGCAAUGGAAAAUA